GUCGUUCCUUUGCGACUCUCGAACGAUAACGAUUUAGAUGCAACAAUGUCUUCCGAUAACGGAUCAGCGCUAAUCAUGCACGACACACAUGCAGCGGGACAGGCAUGUUCACUGCAACAAAUCUUUGGCCAUAUCGAAGCAAAUUCAUUUUCGGACAACUCAGUUGCACACGUGAAACGCACAUCAGCAAAAGCUAAGCGGAUCGAAACCCAAACCCAGCGCGACGUACGACUUGCUACCCUUAGAGAACGUGCAGCAACAAGAAAGCUAAAUGAAACGAAAGAAGAUCGUAGCUUACGUCUUUCCGUCGAUGCAAAAAGAGCCCGGUUGAGAAGAUCGACGGAAACCGAACAGAAAAAAACUGAGCGCCUUGCUAAAAAAGCAGAAGGAGCUAGAAAAACACGGUUGGCUCUAGCGGAACAGAAACGAUCAUCACGAUUAUGCGGACAAAACUCUUGCAGGGAUGCUACGAGUUCUCGGCUAGACGACUCCCCAAUUGUGGAACAUCCUACCUCAUCCCUCAACAUCGAAACCCCUUCCGAGGGCAACCAUUCGGAAACUUCUGCUCCUGACUCAGUUACUAUGGUUUCGGAGAAUUUCGCAACUCAGGCAUCACUUGAAAUGGAAACGACUUUUUCUGUCACAAUGCCAGCGCCUUACAGUAUUUUAAGAGCUAAAGGUCGCAGGGGGGAUAUUGCAAAGAUCACGAUCUUGAAUACGCUUGAAACUCAAGCACAUAUAACAUGCCAUCUGUUCAAUCGCCCCGGACAUCACAAAGUUCUUCUACAGCCACUUCUACCAGCAUUGGGCUACGUACUCCUUUACAGGAAAUACUCAUUUCUGAGCAGCAAAUUCAUCCAACUGCUCAAAGAAAUGCUUGCGCUCAGGAGGCAAACGCUGUUACCAAUGCUGAAGACAUACGGAAUAGAAGCAGAAGAGCAUCAACUCAAGCUGCGCGAAGACGUUUCGAAACCGAAUCACAAAGGAGCGAACGUCUUAGAGCAAACGAAGUAA